GCUGUGAAAGAGGAGAGAAAUGAAAUUAUAAAAAGGUAAAUCAAUAAGAAAAAAGAGAUUAUAUCGCAAACUCUCUCAAACAUCACUUUCUUUCUCUCCGUUUAUUCGCUCCUUUUUUAGAUCUGCGGUUUUCUCCCUUUUUGAAAUUCCCCCAUUCAAUUUCUCUUUUUCCUUUUACAUUCUUAUCGAUCUUUGCUUCUAGUUACCUAAUUUUUUGGAACAAAAGAUUUCUAAUUUAUUUUUUUAAAAACAUUUAAUUUAAAUAUGUAUAUGUAAUGGGGUCUGGCGAAGGAGCGACUUCGUCUUCACAAGAUAUGGACAUGUCGAUCUCAGAUCUCCAUGAGCAGCAUCAACAGGAGUUAGAAAACCUGACACUAACAACUCAACCCUUUAAAACGUUUAAGUAUUUCAUUUUGGCUGUUGUUCAGUAUCUUAAGCGAUCAAUAUUGUAUCUGUUGGCAAAAGGAGGAUGGCUUAUGCUUCUAAGUACUGUGGUUGUAGCUGUUGGAGUGUUGCUUGUGACAGUUGAUGGCUCUCAUGAGAAGCAUCUUGAGGAACUUUCUGAAUAUUUCCGGUUUGGAUUGUGGUGGAUUGCCCUAGGUGUUGCGUCUUCAAUUGGUCUUGGUUCUGGUUUGCACACCUUUGUCCUUUAUUUGGGCCCGCAUAUUGCGCUGUUCACAAUAAAAGCAAUGAAAUGUGGUCGGGUUGACUUAAAAAGUGCUCCAUAUGAUACAAUACAGUUAAAAAGAGGCCCAUCAUGGCUUCUUAAGGAUUGCAAUGAAUUUGGAUCCCCAUUAUACGGGUCACAGGUUCCCCUUAGUAGCAUAUUGCCGCAGGUCCAGAUUGAAGCUGUUCUGUGGGGCAUUGGUACUGCACUUGGGGAGCUUCCUCCUUAUUUUAUCUCAAGGGCAGCACGUAUAUCAGGUAGCAGAUUGGAUGCCAUGGACGAAUUGGAUGAUUCCCCAACAGAAAAUGAAGGAUUUUUCGCUGCUCAAUUAAGAAAAGUCAAACGCUGGUUCUUCACACACUCUCAACACUUAAACUUCUUCACGAUCUUAGUGCUUGCUUCAGUGCCAAAUCCGCUCUUUGACCUUGCUGGCAUCAUGUGCGGACAAUUUGGGAUUCCAUUUUGGAAGUUUUUUUUUGCUACAUUGAUUGGAAAGGCAAUUAUUAAAACUCACAUACAGACGGUUUUUAUCAUUUCUGUUUGUAAUAACCAACUGCUGGACUGGCUCGAGAAUGAGUUGAUUUGGGUACUCAGCUUUGUGCCUGGUCUUGCUCCUGUCUUACCCAACCUCAUUGCUAAAAUACAUACCAUCAAAGCAAAGUAUCUUAAACCUCAGGCCUCUUCGAGUACCCAGGUGAACACAUGGGAUUUCUCAUUUGCUUCAGUUUGGAAUACUCUUGUGUGGCUUAUGCUGAUGAACUUCUUUGUGAAGAUUGUGAAUGCAACUGCUCAGAGAUAUCUGAAGAAAAAACAGGAUAGAGAGCUAGCAGCAUUAACUAACAAUUCAUAAGCGUUAACUCAAUCGAAUUAGGAGUGUUAUCAAGUGGCUUGAUAUACAAUUGUUCUCUCUUUUUCUUUUCUUAUAAGUAGGUAAGGAGGAUAAUGUGAUGGCUCCGACAUCGCUCACAAUUGUUCGCCCCUAAAAAUCAGAAU